AUGGAAGAGAAUAACCUGGCCAUAAAAUGGUUCCACAUUAACGAGAUUGUAUGGAUGAAGACGCCCGACAAGCCGCUGAGCAUGAACGUAUCAUUGGGGAUAUGGUUGGACACGCCGGACACGGCAGAAUGGGUCGUGAACAAUGGGCUAGUAUUCGGUCCGCGACAUAAAAGGAGCAUUGAACACUAUCGGAUCGAAAAGAAGCGAUGCUACCGAUGUCAAGGAUUUGGUCCACCUGGCAUGAUCAUGCAAAGAAAGUGA